AUGAUAUAAGAUAAAACGUAUUUUUAGGAUUUAGAACAAUUUUUAAGCUCUUCACAUUUAUCCUUUUAGAUUCUCCAUAUUGAUCUGAAAAAUUAGUGGAUUUAAUUUGAUGAUGAAAUUACAUUAAGUUUAGGUUCUGCUUUAGGCAAGUGCACUAAUCUCUCAAAUUUGACACUUAAUCUUGAUCGAAAUUAAAUUGGUGAUAAAGGUUUAUCAGGUUUAGGUUUAGCUUUAGGAAAGUGCACUAGUCUCUAAAAUUUGACACUUGAUCUUUCGGAAAAUUAAAUUGGUGAUGAAGGUACAUCAGGCUUAGGUUCUGGUUUAGGAAAGUGCGCUAAUCUCUUAAAUUUGACACUCCAACUAAAGGAAAAUUAAAUUGGUGAUUAAGGUACAUCAGAUUUAGGUUCUGGUUUAGGAAAUUGCCUUUUUCUCUAAAGUUUGGCACUUGAUCUAAGGAAUAAUUAAAUUGGUGCAAUUGGGGCAUAAGGCUUAGGUUUUGGUUUAAGAAAGUGCAUUAAUCUCACAAAUUUUACACUUUAUCUAUGGGAAAAUAAAAUUGGCGGUGAAGGUGCAUCAGGCUUAGGUUUAAGUUUAGGAAAAUGCACAAAUCUUUAAAAUUUGACACUUCAACUUUGGGAAAAUUAAAUUGAUGAUGAAGGUGUAUCAAAUUUAGGUUCUGGUUUAGGAUAGUGCACUAAUCUCUCAAAUUUGACACUCCGUCUAUGGUAGAAUUAAAUUCAUGAUAAAGGUACAAUAGGCUUAGGUUCUGGUUUAGAAAAGUGCAAUAAUCUCUCAAAUUUGACACUUGAUCUAUCAGAGAAUUCAAUUGGUGCAAGUGGUGCAUCAGACUUAGGUUUUAGUUUAGGAAAGUGCAAUAAUCUCUCAAAUUUGACACUUAAUCUAAGGUAGAACCUAAUUGGUGCAAUUGGUGCAUCAGGCUUAGGUUAUGGUUUAGGAAAAUCCACUAAAAUCUUAAAUUUAACACUUGAUCUUUAGUAGAAUUCAAUUGGUAAUACAGGUGUAUCUGCCUUAGGUUUUGGUUUAAGAAAGUGCAUUAAUCUCUCGAUUUUCACACUUUAUCUAAGUGAAAAUUUAAUUGGUGCAGAAGAUGCAUCAAACUUAAGCUCUGGUUUAGCAAAGUGCACUAAUCUCUCAAAUUUGAUGCUUAAUCUUUUUAAUAGUUCAAUUGGUGCAAAAGGUGCAUCAAGCUUAGGCUCAGGUUUAGCAAAGUGCACUAAUCUCUCAAAUUUGACACUUAUUCUUUAUGAAAAUUUAAUUGGUGCUGAAGGUGCAUCAAGCUUAGGUUCUAGUUUAGCAAAAUGUGCUAAUCUCUCAAAUUUGACACUUGAUCUUAGAUCUAAUUAAAUUUAUGAUUAAGGUGCAUCAUGCUUAGGUUCUUGCUUAGCAAAUUGUACUAAUCUCUCAAAUUUGACCCUUAAUCUUAAUUAAAAUUUAAUUGGUGCUGAAGGUGCAUCAAGCUUAGGUUCUAGUUUAGCAAAUUGCAAUAAUCUCUAAAAUUUGAAACUUGUUCUUGCUCGCAAUUCACUUCAUUCAAUUGGCGCAUCAAGGUUAGGUUCUGGUUUAGCAAAUUCCACUAAUCUCUCAAAUUUGACACUUUAUCUUGGUGAGAAUAAAAUUGGGACUGAAGGUGUAUCAAGCUUAUUUUCUGCUUUAGUAAAUUGCACUAAUCUCUCAAAUUUGACACUUGAUCUUAGUAUGAAUCAAAUUUGUACUUAAAAUUCAUCAGGCUUAGGUUCUCGUUUAGAAAAUUGCACUAAUCUCUCAAAUUUGACACUUAUUCUUUUUUAGAAUUAAAUUGGUGCUUAAGGUACAUUAGGCUUAGUUUCUACUUUAAAUAGUUGCACUAAUCUCUCAAAUUUGACACUUGAUCUUAGUCGCUAUUAAAUUGAUGCUGUUGGUUUAUAAGGCUUAUGUUCUGAUUUUACAAAGUGCUCUAAUCUCUAAAAUUUGACACUUAACCUUUGUGGCAGUUCAAUUAGUGAUAAGGGUACAUUAGACUUAGGUUCUGCGUUAAAAAAUUGCACUAAUCUCUCAAAUUUGACUCUUAAUCUUGAUGGUAAUUCAAUUGGUGAUUCAGGGCCAUCAGGUUUAGUUUCUUGUUUAGGAAAAUGCAGUAAUCUCUCAAAUUUAACACUUUCUUUAAGGGAAAAUUUAAUUGGUGCAAAUGGUGCAACAAAUUUAGGUUCUGCUUUAGUAAAUUGCACUAAUCUCUCAAAUUUGACACUUGAACUUUAUGAAAAUUAAUUGGGUGACUAAGGUGCAUCAGGCUUAGGUUCUGGUUUAAAAAAUUGCACUAAACUCUCAUAUUUAAGACUUGGUCUUGGAAAGAAUCAAAUUGGUGAUUAAGGUACAUCAGGCUUAGGUGCUUUACUAAAUUGCACUACUCUUUCAAAUUUAAGACUCUAUCUUUAUGAUAAUUAAAUUGGUGAUAAAGGUGUAUCAGGUUUUAGUUCUGCUUUAAAAAGUUGCACUAAUCUCUCAAAUUUGAAACUUAAUUUUGAUGGCAAUAAUAUUGGUGAUAUCGGUACAUCAGCCUUAGAUUCUGCUUUAGCAAAUUGCACAAAUCUCUCAAAUUUGAUACUUAAUCUUAAAUUCAAUUAAAUUGGUGCAAUUGGUGCAUCAAAUUUAGGUUCUGCUUUAGUUAAUUGCACUAAUCUCUCAAAUUUGACACUUGAACUUUCUGGCAAUUAAAUUGGUGAGAUUGGUGCAUAAGGCUUAGGUUCUACUUUAGUAAAUUGCACUAAUCUUUUAAAUUUGACACUUAACCUAAGUAGCAAUAAAAUUGGUUUAAUUGGUUCUUAAGACUUAGUUUCUGCUUUAGCCAGCUGUACUAAUCUCUUAAGUUUGAGACUUGACCUAAGUUAAAACUUUAUCAAAUAAGUUCAAUCAUUGAAAAUAAAAAGCAUGUGCCUUAAAUCUAAAAAAUUAGUUUUCUUAGAAAUAAUUGUGAGAAACAGAUGGUGA